CCCCCGCGCGGGUUUUUGCCCUUCGGAGGGCGGCCAGAAGCCCGGCCGAAAGGCGGCUUCUCGGGGCAGAGCGCAUCGAGCGCCAUUGAUUUCCCUGCAUGAAGCGAGUGGCCCGACUGGAGAGACCGAAUGAGAGACUCUACGGGGGUGGGUAAUUCAGUGGUCCAUAAGCGGUCACCUUUGCACCGAAACCAAAAACCACCAAUAUCCUUGACCAAACUCUCCUCACGGGAUGGACAAAAAUCCAAAAAGCCAGUGUGCAAAUUUGAAGAAGGUCAAGAUGUCCUAGCUAGAUGGUCAGAUGGCUUGUUUUAUCUUGGAACUAUCAAAAAGAUAAACAAACUUAAGCAGAGCUGCUUCGUUAUAUUUGAAGACAGUUCCAAGUCCUGGGUUCUCUGGAAGGACAUACAAACAGGAGCUACCGAAACGGGGGAAAUGGUCUGUACAAUAUGUCAGGAGGAAUAUUCAGAAGCACCCAAUGAAAUGGUUAUAUGUGAUAAGUGUGGUCAAGGUUAUCAUCAGCUGUGUCAUACACCAAAUAUCGGUUCUAAUGUGAUAGAUUCAGAUGAUAAGUGGCUCUGCCGGCAGUGUGUCUUUGCAACAACAACGAAAAGAGGUGGUGCGCUUAAGAAAGGACCAAAUGCUAAAGCACUGCAAGUCAUGAAGCAAACAUUGCCUUACAAUGUAGCUGACCUUGAAUGGGAUGCAGGCCAUAAAACAAAUGCCCAACAGUGUUAUUGCUACUGUGGAGGUCCUGGAGACUGGUAUUUGAAGAUGCUGCAGUGCUGCAAAUGUAAGCAAUGGUUCCAUGAGGCUUGUGUGCAGUGCCUGCAAAAGCCAAUGCUGUAUGGCGACAGGUUUUAUACAUUCAUUUGUUCAGUUUGUAGUUCUGGACCAGAAUACCUCAAACGUUUACCCUUGCAGUGGGUAGAUAUAGCACAUCUAUGCCUUUACAACCUAAGUGUUAUUCAUAAAAAGAAAUAUUUUGAUUCAGAACUUGAACUCAUGACAUACAUUAAUGAAAAUUGGGAUCGACUCCACCCUGGUGAACUGGCAGACACACCAAAAUCUGAAAGAUAUGAACAUGUUCUGGAGGCAUUAAAUGAUUACAAGACCAUGUUUAUGUCUGGGAAGGAAAUAAAGAAGAAAAAACAUUUGUUCGGCUUAAGAAUUCGUGUUCCUCCUUGCCCACCAAAUGCUGCUUUUAAGGCUGAGAAAGAACCUGAGGGAACCUCUCAUGAGUUCAAAAUUAAAGGGAGAAAAUCAUCCAAGCCUAUGCCUGAUCAGAGGGAAGUUACUAAUGGUGUAGAAAGAAAGGGGAAGAAAAAAUCUGUAGGUCGUCCCCCUGGCCCAUAUACUAGAAAAAUGAUUCAAAGAAUGUCUGAGCCAUCUAUUUUGGAAAAAGAACCUGUUAUAGUGCCAGAAUCCCCUGUUUUGGAUUCUCCUAGCACUACUGGAAGAUCUGAUGGAACUGCACACUCAUCCAAUACCUCAGAUGUGGAAUCCACAGGUGCUGCCAGUACAAAAGAAACUACCUCAAACAGUAUUUCCAAGCAUUACAGUUUAUCUGAUUCUAGAAAAAGGACGCGAACAGGAAGAACUUGGCCCUCCACGAUACCACACUUAAGAAGAAGAGGACGUCUUCCACGAAAAGCACUCCAGAUUCAGAACCCAGAAAUUGUAAAAGAAGAUGAAGGCAAAGAUGACUAUCAAUAUGAUGAACUUAAUACAGAGAUUCUGAAUAAUUUGGCAGAUCAGGAAUUGCAGCUUAAUCAUCUCAAGAACUCUAUUACCAGUUACUUUGGUGCUGCAGGUAGGAUAGCUUGUGGUGAAAAAUACCGUGUUUUGGCCCGCCGGGUUACACUUGAUGGAAAAGUUCAGUAUCUUGUGGAAUGGGAAGGCGCAACUGCUUCCUGACUGUAGCGCUGAAUAUUAUUUCCUGCACGGCCCUUUAUCUAUUUAUAGGCAGAGUUUAUACAUUGGAGUGCAGAAGGGAACCUAAAAGGAUAUUUGUAAAGAUGAAAAAACCAAGUUAGCCUUAACACUUCUUGAACGGAACAAAUUUUUUAAUCACGUAAGAGGCCUGUAGACUAAAAAAAAAAUAAGGCUAGAUUCUUAAUGUGUUUAAAAUGAGGAUCUAGACUGUGUUGGGUUGGGAAUCUGGGAUUUCAUUUGCUUUAAAAUAUUCACAAGUCAAAAAAAAAAAAAGAAGAAGCCUUGUCUCUAGUGUACAUUCCAUGGGUAUGUCUUUUGUGAGUAGGGUCUAUUUUCUGUAAGUAGGACGAAUUUUGAAUAAGAUACUUGGAUCUUUUUCGUAUCCAGAAGUUUGCAAAAGACUUAUUUCUACUUUGGCAACCCUAGAUUUUUCAUACGGUGCAGUGUAUAUACUUCCUGCUGAGGACUGUAAAAUAUUAAAAUCUUCCAAGCAAAGUGUAUAAAAUAUAUAUUGAGCUUGUAAAUUGCUCUGUGACUAGACUUUGUUGUCUUUUUAAUAUAUUCUUUGCAUGUGUAAUGUAUACACAUACGUGUGCAUGUGUAUAUAUGUGUGAUUGUGACCUAUGCAAUAUAAAUUAUGGGAUUGGGCAGCUUUUGACUAUAUAUCCCAUAAUGUCUUUUAAUCAGGAAUAGUUGCAGUAUUUACACAGCAGCAUUUCUUCUCAGGCUACAUUGGGUGCUGUUGUUUGCCACAUACGAUAGAAUAUGUGUCAAAUGAGUGCUGGGUGUUGUGGCAGUAUGUGCAGUCAUUAAUGUCAUAAUGCUUUCAGAAAACAAUUCAGGCUGCAGUUCUACACAUGGGAGCCCAGUGGUUUGGAGUGCCUCUCAGGUUCACAUUAUCCUUCCCCUGUGCAAAUACCCACUCCUUUUGGAAAACUUUAUAUCGGUUGCAUCAGACCUAAAACCAAGGCUUAUUACAGUUGCCCCUACUUAAAAUGGUUCUGAGUGAAGGGGGAGAGAUUAAAAGUACAUGCUCUAGUUUUUCUUGCU